GUUUAGAGCCGAAGCCACCUUCGAGAGACAACCUAGCUGCAUCACAGCGGGUCUCGGCCUCGCAAGAGAUGCGCCGAGUGUUUAUCCGUCUCGAAUAGUUCCCGAAUAUGGCAUCUUGAAUCGAAUUUACGAUCAUAGAGACUUCAUCAAUACCUACUGUUGCGGCGCUCCCUCUUGCCGCGUCCCGCCCGGCGCGCUCUACAUACCUACAUUUUAUGGUUUCCGCAUUAGGGCAGAAGCAGGACCACCCCCAAAGAGCGUAUCAACCCCGGAACGAAGCUCCCACGACGGCAUCGGCCCGCUUGACAACCCUUCGCAACGACAAAAACCCCACGUCUCCGGUUAUCUUUAAACCUUCCCAGUAACAUUCACAAUGCCGGCAUCCGAAGCGGGCGGCAGCGUCCGCCGGAGACGUGUACGGAGGCGUCGCCACGACAAAUCCGCACUCUCGGCGCGUCUAGUGCUGGAUGACCAUGUUAAGACUGAUGUUGGCAUCGUGUCCGAGGACUUGUUCGCCGAGCUGUUCCCUCACUUGCAGGACUUCCACGACGACGAUGAUGAGGUCACGACCAUCCCGAGCCCCCUACACAUCGCUCUCGCCCCAUGGGCCCCUUCACACGCGCCCGAGUCCACGAACUGGGCUAUUGUCCCCGUCACUCCCUCAUCCGCCCUCGCUCCGUCGACCAUACAAUUCUCCCCAUCAUCACUGGCUCUGCAGUCCUUCGCCCUGAACCUGAAGCAGGUCGCGCCGUCGCAGUUGAACACCCGGAGCAGGGGCGGGAUCGAGGUCUUGGUGCUGGAUGUUGCUACCAUCGAGCUGGAUACCGUCUUUGUGAAUCUCGAAGGGGAUCUAGCCAAAAGAUUGGAGAAUGGGGAGGGCAACUUCUUUCGGGAACACCCAACUGCAGGCCACGGCAAGGCCCCGAUUGCCGCCUCCACGCCCGAGGCGCGCUUGACAGCCGCCUUGCGCACCGCCCUCGGCACUCUAAAAGUUGUCCAUACCGGAGAUAUGUUCCCGCUCCCUCUGGCACCGCACCCUGUCACCCACGUCCCUCCGAAUCCCGGCAAAAUCACCCUUUGCGAACCGGUCGCUCAGGGUAUCCUUGGCCCCAACACCAAGAUUAUUGUGUCUCGUGGCCGCACCCACUCCAAACAUGACCGCUCAUCGGCUCCAAUGCCACAAAGCCGGAACCUCACUGUGCCCGCCGAGGACGACGAAGACACGGGGAACGACCAGUUCUUCUCUGCCGCCGAGGAAGGCGUCCGGACCGACACUGCUGCCGAGGACACGGAUGCCACCGCAACCGAAACCGAGUUUGACGAUCCGGAGGCCGAGGAAGAAGAUAUUAUAUCGGAUGACUCGAUGGACGAAAUGAUCUCGCUUCAAGCGCCGUCAUUGUCGUCCACAAUAACGAGCGGGAUAGGCACUCCCGCCACCAUAGGGCGCGGGCGGAGGACCAAUGGCAUGAGCGGCGCCGCCUCUGUGUUUUCGAACUUUACCGCAACGACGGCAAGGCCAGACCGGCCGCGGGGCCGCUUGUUCAAGGCCCAGGGGUUGAUGCAACCCAUCCCGCCUGACGUCUUGCACCCGAAACCUACUGCUGUCGACGAUGAAGAAGCGCGAAUCUACGUUGACACCAAGGAUUUGUCCAGGAUCGGCUGUUUCUCCGGUGAUUGGGUGCGGGUAGAGUCAUCCCAGGAGCCGCCAACUAAUGGUUUUGGCGCCUUCGGCCUCGGAAGCUUCGUCGAGCAGGAUCCGGACGACGCGGGAUGGCGGCCCGCAAGGGUCUACGGAUUACCAGAUGGCUACUCCAAUCGCCCCGUGGCCCGGGUAGCGAGCUCCAAGUACGAUGGUAGGAGACCGUCCUUCUUCGAGUCUCAGGUUCAGAGGACUUUGAGCCCCACCGUUUAUCUCUCUCCGGUCGUACACUCCAACUUGGAGAACCCGCCUUACCUACGAAUCGCCCCUGUCAGACGAGGUGUGCAGGCGAAGGGGCCUCAGGCGAAGUCGUCGAUUCCCAUCCAGCCGCCUUUUGCUCGCGAAGUAAUCCUGCAGCACGUAAGGACUCCCAUUCCGGUUGAGAGGGACGUUCAGACUGCAGUCAUGGCCGGGUUGAAGUAUUAUUUCGAACAAAGGUUACGUGUCAUCAAAACGGGAGACCUCAUUGCCGUCCCCAUCGAUACCCAGCUCGGACGAGCACUGCAAGAAUCGACUGCGGCAGGUGACGAUUCUGCCAUUGAUGACGUGCUGGGGAUGAUUGCCAACGGAAGGUCGGAUCGGGGCCUCAAAUACGACGAGGUCGCCUGGUUCAAGGUCAAGCACGUCCAGCCAGUGAAACAGGAUCCAGCUGAUGUGGAUGAGGAAGAGGAGGACCCCUGGGGCCCAGUAGCCUGCGUCGACAUUUCCAUGGCGCACCUGGAGCAGACCGGCUCUGUGACUAGCCGUGUCCCUGGCACGACGUCGAAUAACUGGCCGUAUUAUCUCGGGAUCAAGAAGCUUCCAAAGCAAAAAGGCCCUUCAAGUCCCCUGGCGCUUGAACCCGAGCGCCAACAUAUUUCACCGCUGAGGAGAAAAAUCAGAGAGCUCACCGCAGCAGCUACCAGCAAACCCGCCCUCCAUCUCAAGAUGCCCCCCGUAGCUAUCUUGCUUGUUUCGACACAGCGAAGCAUCGGCAAGGCCGCGACGGCGAGCCAGGCUUGCGCGGAUAUCGGCUUGCACACAUUCACAGUCGACGCUUACGACAUCGUGAACGAUUCGGGCGCCGGUGGAAGCGAUGUCAAGACUGCGGGCUUCCUAACCUCGCGUGCGGAGCGCGCCUUGAGCUGCGGUGCGGACUGUUGCGCCCUGCUCAUCCGCCACAUCGAGGCGCUAACCGCCGACCGCAUGGUCUCCUCCAUCAAGGAGAUAUUGGAAGACGCCAGAGUUCUAAUCGCGACUACUACUGAAGUGGAGAAGGUGCCGGAUGGCAUAAGAGCCCUGUUCACCCACGAGUUGGAGAUGAAUGCGCCGGACGAGGCAGAGCGCGAGGGUAUUCUGCGGACGAUCCUAGACGACCGCGGCGUGAGUUUAGAUCCGGAGGUGGAGCUCGGCGGCAUUGCCCUUAAGACUGCAGCACUUGUGGCGGGUGAUCUGGUCGAUGUUGUUGAGCGGGCGCUCGUUGCCCAGCGCGCUCGUCUAGAGCAGCUAUCCGCAAAGGCCACAAGCAAAGACCAAACCGUGACGGUGCGAGAUGUGCAGGUUGCCGGUGGCCCAGCAGCUUCUGGCCUCACGAAGCAGGACUUUGAGGUUGCCGUCGAGGCUGCCCGCAAGAACUUUGCCGACGCUAUUGGCGCGCCCAAGAUCCCUAACGUCACUUGGGACGAUGUUGGAGGCCUGAACAACGUCAAGGAGGCCGUCACAGAAACCAUCCAACUGCCGCUCGAGAGACCCGAGCUGUUCGCCAAGGGCAUGAAGAAGCGCUCAGGCAUCCUGUUCUACGGACCACCUGGCACCGGAAAGACGCUCCUUGCCAAGGCCAUCGCGACCGAGUAUAGCCUCAACUUCUUCAGCGUCAAGGGCCCCGAGCUGCUCAACAUGUACAUUGGUGAGUCCGAGGCCAACGUGCGGCGCGUGUUCCAGCGGGCGCGCGACGCGAGGCCGUGCGUCGUCUUCUUCGACGAACUGGACUCUGUCGCACCGAAGCGUGGCAACCAGGGCGAUAGCGGCGGCGUCAUGGACCGCAUCGUUUCGCAGCUGCUAGCCGAGCUCGACGGUAUGUCCGGCGGGGAGGAUACCGGCGGCGGCGUGUUCGUCAUCGGCGCGACCAACAGGCCGGAUCUGCUUGACCCGGCCUUGCUGCGUCCCGGUCGCUUCGACAAGAUGCUCUACCUAGGCGUAUCAGACACGCACGACAAGCAGCUCACCAUCAUGGAGGCCCUGACCAGGAAAUUCACACUCCACCCAUCCCUCUCCCUCCGCACCGUAUCCGAACACCUCCCCUUCACCUACACGGGCGCCGAUUUCUACGCCCUCUGCUCCGACGCCAUGCUGAAAGCAGUCACACGCCAAGCCAGCCUAGUGGACUCCAAGAUCCGCACCGUCAACGCGGACCUGGCCGCGCACAACCUCCGCGCGCCCAUCUCGACCGCCUACUUCUUCGACCACCUCGCCACCCGGGACGACCUCGCCGUCAUGGUCACCGAGGCCGACUUCCUCGACGCCCACCGCGAGCUCGUCCCCAGCGUCAGCGCCGGCGAGCUGGCCCACUACGAGCACGUCCGGGCGUCGUUUGAGGGCGUCAAGGACAAGGAGAAGGACAAGGAUAAGAUGGCGAUCGUGGACGGGGCGGCGCCGCCGCCUGCUGCGAGGCUGGGCUUGCCCGCCCCCGCUGCCGGUGGUGGGAGGCGCUCCGCGUCGGGCGCGUCGGCGAGGAGCUCGAGUGCCAAGGGGAAGGGGAAGGCGCCGCUUUAUGUGGGUAAGGGUAAAGGGAAAGCGGUUGCGGUGGGGAGUGGGGAUGAUGAUGAUGAUGAGUUGGAAGGGGGCGGCGGCGGCGGAUCUGGAGGGGGCGGCGGCGGCGGAUCUGGAGGGGACGGCGGCGGGUUCAGGGAUAAGGGGAAGGGUAAGGCCGUGGCGCCUCCGAUUGCUGAUGGGACGCCGUUUGGGGAUGGCGUGGGGAGUGGUGAUGAGGGGUUGUAUGACUAAGGGUAUAUAUAGUAUGGUGGUUGUUGGAUAGAGCAUGGUACUAGUGGUGCAUGGUGGUUUGAAUAGAAGCACGGAGGGUGAUGAGUUGUACCGAGUGGAAUAAAAGGGGUGGUCCCAAAAAUGGGACUCGAGAUCACUAGGUAUUUCGCGUUCUGAAAACUUAGCACCAACCGCCGGACUAAUGAAACACUCGAAACGGUG